GGAGGAACCUGCAACCCUCGCUCAGGACAGCAGCGUGCUGGGCAGGCGUUCAGGACAGCAAAGCGCAGCGCAAUCAGUAGAGCGGUCCCGCAGCUCCGCGCAACCCGCAACUCCGAUCCGCGCAGCCUGCCGAGCUCCCGCCGCUGGUCUGGGAAGCAUGAGGCGCGCGGCGCUCUGGCUCUGGCUCUGCGCGUUGGCGCUGCGCCUGCAGCCUGUCCUCCCGCAAAUCGUGGCUGUAAACGUACCUCCUGAAGAUCAGGAUGGCUCUGGGGACGACUCUGACAACUUCUCUGGCUCGGGCGCAGGUGCUUUGCCAGACGUCACUUUGCCGCGGCAGACUUCUCCCAGUUUGAAGGAUGUGUGGCUCCUGACAGCCACACCCGCAGCACCAGAGCCCACCAGCAGGAUUGCCGAGGCUGCCUUCACCUCCAUCCUGUCAACUGUAGAGAAGCCUGAGGAGGGAGAGCCAGUGCUUGAGGCAGUGGACACUGGCCUCACCGCUCAGGACAAGGAAAUGGAGGUCACCACCAAGCCCAGGGAGACCACACAACUCCCAAUCACCCAACGGGUCUCAACAGUCAGAGCCACCACAGUCCAGGCUGUCACAUCUCAUCCCCACAGAGAUGUGCAACCUGGCCUCCAUGAGACCUUGGUUCCCACAGCACCUGGCCAGCCUGACCACCAACCUCCAAGUGCGACAGAAGGAGGUACUUCUGUCGUCAAAGAAGUUGUCGAGGAUGGAGCUACCAAUCAACUUCCUACAGGGGAGGGCUCUGGCGAGCAGGACUUCACCUUUGAAACAUCUGGGGAGAACACAGCUGUGGCGGCCAUAGAGCCUGACCAACGGAAUCAGCAGCCAGUGGAUGAAGGAGCCACAGGUGCCUCUCAGGGCCUUUUGGACAGGAAGGAAGUGCUGGGAGGUGUCAUCGCCGGAGGCUUGGUGGGGCUCAUCUUUGCCGUGUGCCUGGUGGCUUUCAUGCUGUACCGGAUGAAGAAGAAGGACGAAGGCAGCUACUCCUUGGAGGAACCCAAACAAGCCAAUGGCGGCGCCUACCAGAAACCCACCAAACAGGAAGAGUUCUACGCCUGAUGGAGGAAUGGUUCUCCCCCCGCCCCUGCCACUCACUAGGCUCCCACUCGCCUCUUCUGUGAAAAACUUAAGGCACUGGCCUCCCCAACACUGUGUCGCCUCCUCAGCACCCAGACCCUUCCAGCUGGUCCUGCCCGAGCAGUCCCAGGGUGUGCUGGGAAUUCAUUCUACUUCUUUGACUUCUGCCUAGAAGCUUGGGCGCAAAGGGUUUCUUGCAUCUGACCUUUCUACCACAGCCACGCCAGAUGUCCACUAUUCUGACUUGGUUUCUCCAAACGGGAGGAGACCCAGCUCUGGAGAGAAAGGGGACCCAACUGCUUUGGACCUAGGUGGCCUAUUACGGCUGGAGGAUCCGAGGGACAGGAGAGGGGCUUCGGUUGAUAUGCCAUAGCACUUACCCGUAGAAACCGCUAUUGUUGGCCAUGCUGUGGUAGGGGACGGAGUUCGGGGCUCCUUGGAAUUCACUUCACGUUGUGGGGAAGCCUACUUUAGAUAUCAACUCGUUUUUGCACAUGUUUUCUCUAGUUUCUCUGUUCAGAACCCCAGUAGGCUUUACUUCUGGGGUAAGGCAAGUCAAUCGACUGUCCCUCACCUCGCUUCCCUAAUCUACAUUCGGGAGACAGCAUCGGGGUCAUUCAGACUUUUUCGUUUUUAUUUUUAAACCUAGAAGAACCAAAUCCAGAUGCCAAAAUGUAGGCUUGGUUUGUGUGUUGUCUCUUAAGUUUGUCGCUCAUGCGUGCAACAGGGUAUGUAUGAACUAUCUGUUUGGUGGUCCGUAAGUAGGCUGGGUAGUCCAGGAUGCCAUGGGGUAGCCACCUCUUGACCAGUCAUGCCUGUGUGCAUGAACUCAGGGCCAUGGCCUGGGCCACUGCAACAUUGGACGAGCCUGUGUGAGAACUUAACUCCUAGAGCACAGUCGAGGGAUGGAGGGGAGAGAAGACUGAAGUGGGGGAGGGGUGCCGAGGGUGUCUAAGACUCUCCCAUCUUUGGUACCAUCUCUGGUCACCUUUCUCCUGGAAGUUGACAAGGCGCAUCUUGAGUAUGGCUGGCACUGGCUCCUCCAUCGAGAACCAAGUUCACCUUCAGCCCCUGUGGCCCUGCCCCAGGCUGGAGUCAGAAAUCCUUCCCAAAGAGCAAGAGUCUUUGCUUUUGGCAAAACGCUACUUAAUCCAAUGGGUUCUGUACAGUAGAUUUUGCAGAUGUAAUAAACUUUAAUAUAAAGGAGUCCUAUGAACUCUAUUGCUUUUGCUUCUUCUCUGGGCUGGUGGUGUAGACGUAGCCAGCCUUUUCUCAGACCCUGGCAGCUCAGGGAAGCUUGGCUCAAGGCUAUGUGCCUCCAAUCUCUGAGAGGUAGGAUCCUGGGUCCAGGAUUCCUCUGAUUUUUUGUUUUUGUUUUUGUUCUUUUGGUCAAACUUCUUUUGGAAGUUGGUAGGAUCAGCCAAGGUUUUACAGGGCCUGAUGUCCGCUCUUCUGAAUGGUUUAAGUAGCCAGGACUCUAGCGUAACCUGACCUAGGGUCACGCUUGGUUUGCAGAGCAGACACCUGGGACAGGCUUCCUCCCACGUGUUUGCUGGGGCACUUCCGAGGACUCCUCGCUCAACGAUGUUCCAGCUGCUGGCGAGGCUGCUCGGGGGCUCAGUUAGACAAAAGACCUGUUCCCUCUGUUUCGUUCCAGAACUUGUUGCCAGAACGUAAUGGCUGGAUGUGAUGUGGGGUGGGGGUGGGGUCAGACCGGAGACAGCGCUCAGCUGAGAGCUUGAGAGACAGUGCCCAAGCCCCAGGCUGGGCUCGUUCGU